AUGGAUGAUUCCGACGCUACUCAAAGCUCAGGCCUUGAGCCCCCUCCGCCUCCGCAUAUGACAUUCGCGACGCGGGCUAUCCAUCCACCAACAUUCUCUGCUUUCCUACCACGCGACUACCGCUAUCACAGCCAACAGGCCAUAACUCACGUUGCGUGGAGCUGCGAUGGGCGACGGCUGGCCGGUGUUGGAAUAGACAAAAUAACGCGUGUUUGGACUCCGGAGAAGGGCAUGGAUCAGAAAAGCGCGAGCCUUUUCUCUGGUGCUCACUCAGAUGAUGUCGACUAUGUCUCGUGGAACCCAACCCACCCGGACCUUUUCUGCACAUCCAGUCAAAAGGACAGACGGAUUGUCUUCUGGGAUGCUCGUCAAAGUCGGCAUACCCAGCAAUGCUCGCUCAAAGUGUCCCCCGUGCAGACCAGCUACUCCCCCGACGGCCGCGUUCUUCUCUACACUUCUCUGGGUCACCAAACUUCGUUUCUCGUUUACGAAAAGGACCCCGCGGUCAGCGAUGCAAAAGAUGCAUGGCACCCAUCCCAAAAGGAAUCCAUUAUUGGCUCGACAGCGCUCUUCAAUCACGCUGGCGACGGGCUAAUAUUGACGCACCACAGCGAAUACACACUUCGCGUUGUUGAUUACCCGUCUUUGGUCCUGCGCGAAAGUAUCGCCGCCCAUGUUGGUGGGUGUGUUGCUGUUGCAUUUGACCCCCGUGGACGGUAUUUGGCGUCAGGCGGUAACGACUCCAUCGUGAACCUCUUCGAUCUCAAUGAUUGGAUAUGUGCUCGAACGAUUACUGCGUGCGAACACAGCAUCAACGGCGUCAGCUUCUCGCAUGACGGCGAGUAUCUCGCUAUCGCUAGUGCUGGCUCUUACAUCGACAUUUGUGCGACGGAAACCGCUGCCGCUCUCCAUCGAGUAACAGCAUUGGCACCCGCUCCAACGGUUGCCUGGCAUCCUUCAAAAUACACAAUUGCCUACUGUGGACAAACAGCCCGUCGGGAAGGUGGUCCGCCGCCGGUAGCGGUUGUCAGUCUUUUUGGAUUGAUGGAGUAG